UUUCUAUAAUUGUUUCUUCCUUUCUCACAAUUUAAAUAUUAGCGCGCUGCUACUACCAAAAACGUGGCAACCUGACACGUGAUUUCGGACACAUCAAAAGAACCGACACGGAGUGCCGAGUGCCGCUACUGGCUACUGCUUGUACAUAUACAUAUUCUGCCAGUUGUUUCUUGAUGCUUGAUGCCAUGUAUGUAUGUUAUAUAUACAUUCACGAUUCACUCGGAUCGUACCAUUUGUCAUGUAAACACGUGCUAUUUGAAGUAGACGCAUAACGUAAUUACUUAUCUAGAAAUUAACAAGAGAUCAAGAAUAUAACGUGUCCAAUGUGAUUGAAUAAAAAUAUGAGAAUAAAAAGAGAAGUAUUAUUUAUAAGAAAUAUAUCGAGGAAUUCAAACAUUUGGCUUAAAUUUGUUGCGUUCAUAUACGGUCGUUUCUCCAUGUAUCCCCGACCCCAACUCGCUGAAUACUGAUUUCACAUUCAGAUAUUUUCGAAACUAUAUACAAAGCGUAGACUGUGAUGUAUAAAUCGAGAAUUACGAAAGCAUUCUACCAAGAACGUUUAAAAUAUUCGCUAAAGUGCUGAAUAAAAUGAGACGAGAAUGAUUAUGUGAUACAAGGAAUUUGUUUAUUAUAAAAAAGUGUUUUAAUGCUGUUGAAAAUAUAUUUUGAUGAACUUAAUAGAGAGAUGAUAAAUGACUACUUAUUAAUUAUAUCUGUGAUUCUCUUUAUUCAUUCCACAUAAAGAUGUAUUUGAAAUAAACAUAUAAAAUACAAAGCACAAGAAAUUAUAAAAAUGGAAGUGUUCUGGUUUCCUCGCCUAGUUGCUCAUCAUCCAUAUAUCAUUUUGAUGGUGGUUUUUGCAUUUUCGUCGAUAUGUCUAAUUAUUCCUCUCACGACUGAAAAGCUUCCAGAUUUCACAGACCCUCAAAUGGGAUUUGAGGCAAGAGGUACUGUUUUAGCACAAAGACUCAUAGCCUGGCAUCAUUUAAUGGAAGCUACAAAGGCAAGAGGAGAACUUACUGAUAAUCCUUUCGAAUAUCAUCAAUACAUAUUAAAUCAACUAAAUCAACAGUAUCUCUUGUGUAUACACUCUAAUAAUUUUGUAUAUAGUUUAUUUUCAGGCAUGACGGUUAUUGCUAAUUUCUUCUUGAUGAUCACGUGGUUACCAGCAUGUGUGGUUGUGUCAGAGCAUUAUAAAUUAAAUACUUUAUCGCCUAUCAAUUUUAUUACUAGGAAGAUUAUUCGUCCCCUACGAUCCUUGGGAGACAAAGUAACAGUAGGAUUUACCGCCUUUCUUACCGGAAUAGUGAUUCGUCUGCGAUGGUUGUGGUUACUAACUUUGGGAACUAUGGCGAUAGCAUGUUGCAUUAUCGUUUUCCAUCAUCCGGGUCUGCAACUACCGGAUUAUAUUGAUUUUCAACUUUUCCAUUCAACACAUCAAUUUGAACGAUACGAUUUAAUAUAUUCGCGGAGAUUUUGGUUUGAACGAUACGAAAUGAUUGGUAGUGACGCUGAAGUUUUACCAUUAAGAUUUGUGUGGGGCAUAAAACCGAUCGACAAUGGCGAUUACCUUGAUCCUAACAAAAGAGGAACACCAGACUAUGAUACAACCUUUGAUAUUUCUAAUCCAAGGUCGCAAUUAUGGCUCCAACGAUUUUGCAAAAAUUUACGGAAUCAACCGUUUUAUCGUAAUACUAUGGGACCUCUGUUGACGAAUUGUUUUAUUGAAUCGUUAUAUUUGUGGAUGCAAAGACGUUGUAAAGAUCCUGUUGACUCGGAUAUUGAGUACUUACCGUGCUGCGAAAGCAGCAAAUUCCCGUACAAACCCAAUGUUUUGCAACAAUGCGCAGCUGAAGCUAGCGCGCAGAUACAUCGCACGCCUCAUUUGUGGAUUCGGGAUGGUGCGAUUUCUGCAGGUCUAAAAUUUGUGAAAGAACCAUUAUCCCCGGAAGCGCUGAAUGGUACACUCUCGUUUAAACUAACGCCUAAAAUUAAAGCGCUUGUUGUUGAAUAUGAUAGUACUUACGCGUAUAGUCUGUCAUUUGCAAACAUGGAUAAAUUUUUUCAUCAGGUUGAGAGUUGGAUGCAAGAUCAAUUACGAAGUGCGCCUAGAGGGAUGCGAGGUGGAUGGUUUGUUAGCGGAUUUGAAUUUUACGAGCUGCAACGAACUUUAUACGAAGGUACUAUAUGGGCAAUGGGAGUGUCAUUAACUUUAGCUCUCAUUGUAUUAGUGCUGGUUACUUUAAACCCCCUUAUCAGCCUAUAUGCCAUUGUUACUAUUGGUGCUGCGAUAAUAGUAACAGUCGCUAUCCUCAUCCUUCUUGGUUGGAAACUUAAUGUCUUGGAGAGUGUUGCAAUAACUACAGCAAUAGGUCUCGCUGUAGAUUUCAGUCUACAUUAUGCUGUGAGUUAUAAAGCGUGUAUUUCUGAGAGAAAAAUAGACAAGGUAAAAGCAGCGCUGCAACAGAUGGGCGGUCCAACUCUUAUGGCGGCGAUUACGAGCGGAGCUGCGGGCGCUUUAAUGUUACCUUCUCAUGUAUUGGCAUACAUACAAAUUGGUGUAUUUUUAUUACUCGUGAUGGGCAUUAGUUGGAUAUACGCCACAUUAUUUCUGUGUUCGAUGUUAGCGGUUAUAGGACCAUCUUCACGUUUCGCUCAGUUUGAAUAUUCCAGAUUAAAAAUGUUAUUGAUCUGUUUUCAUAAAUAUGAUGAUGAUAGCGUGGUUGAAGUUGACAAGGAUAACAAUCGAGCGAGAAAAGCUUAUAAAGGACGUGGUAUGCUGUCGGAAUCGACUCUAAGUACAUCCAGCUCUGUAUGUCAAUUCCAUUGCAGUGAAUUGGAAACUCUUGCACCAAGACCUCCAUCACCACCGUCUCCGUUAUCGACAUUACUUCGUUGAAAUAUAAUUAUUAUUAUUUAAAUCUAAAUUAUGCCAUUUUCUCUAGGAAUAUCUUUGUUAAGAUGAAUUUUUCAUCUUAACAAAUCGUGUACUUUUUCAGAUUGUGUGUAAAACAACUAUUUGCAUAUGUUAUCUUGUAUGUAGGUAUGAUAUCAUAUAAUUAAUGUGACUGUUGGCUGUGUUCAAAUAUCUUUAAGGUCAUUAAUCAGACACAUAUGGUCUAUCAUUCAUCUACAUAUAUAUAUAUAUACAUACACAAUGCACAUAGAUGCAUGUAUAUCAACACACACAUACAUACACAUACAUAUAUAUCUAUAUACAAUUUUAUAAUAUAAAGCUUCCUAUAUAUUAGUAAUAUAAAUAUAUGUACGUACAUACACAUUAUUUAUUGACUAUGAAAUUAAAUUUUAACUUAAACUAAUAAGUAUAUUAACAUCUCUUUUAUACUCUAUAAGUUUUAGUUGUAAUUUGUAAGAAUGUCAUAUUAUAUAAUGUAUAUAGAUAUAAAUCUAAUGUGUGUCACACAAAUAAUAUUGUAUGGAUUUUGAAUCUCUAUAAUAAUCGAUAUGAUGGUCAUUGAUCAAAUAUAUUUAUGAACAUUGUCAGUAUUAUAUGAUAACAAUGCAAAUGUAAAUGUAAAAAUAUUACUUUCUAUUUUAGAUAUUUGCCAAUUAUUUGUCGCAUAUAUUAAUUUAUAUUAGAAUAAUAAUAAAAGUACAUUUGUAUGUACAUAUAUUUUAUACUUUUUUGUGGUGACAUUGUUUUAUUAUAUUAUAAAAAAUUCGAUAUAGCUUUUUUCAUACAUGCAGUAUAGGAGAAACUAUUUUUAUCUUGGAAAUCUUAUGAAUAUAAGUUAGGCACAAUUAUAUAUUUUGCGAAUAUGUUUCUAAACUGUAUAAAAUGAUAUAUUAUUAGAGUAUAAAAUUGUAUAUGUGUGAUGUUAUAUAAAUGCCAUAUUGAUGCCAUAUAAUGAUGUUAUAUUUUAAGUCAUUUAAGUAACAGAAUGCAUUAAAAGAAGUGUAAAUACAUAUGUUGUGUGUGUAAUGGAAUUUGAAAUUAGAUGUAAUAAUAUUUGAUUCUCUGUAUUAUGCUUAUCAAAUGAUCAAAUGAUUGAAUAAUAUAUGUGUGUGUGUAUU